AUGUUUCCCGAUGCCCUGGAAGCGGCUGGGCGGAUGGAGGGCCUGCCGAUGGCCUCCCUCCAGCCAUCGUCCGAGCUGGAGGAGGAGGAGGAGGAAGAAGAAGCUGAGGUGUUUGUGGAGCGAGGGCCAAAGAAACGGGGUCGCUACCGGCAAAGCAUACAGCUACUGAAGCCCUUCAGGAUAACACACAAACACCAGCACCCAGUUGACAAUGCCGGUCUCUUCUCUUUCAUGACCCUGCAUUGGCUCUCGCCGCUGGCCCUGAGAGCCUACAAGACGUCCAACUUGUCCAUAGACGAUGUGUGGGGGCUGUCCUGCCAUGAAGCCUCUGAAGUCAACUGCCAAAGACUGGAAUCGCUGUGGCACGACGAACUGAAAAGAUGGGGGCGUGAGGGAGCGUCCCUGACAAGAGUCUUUAUGAGGUUCUGCCAAACUCGAAUGCUGGUGGCCAUCUUUGCCCUCCUUCUCACAAUGGUGGCAGGCUUUGUUGGGCCCGCGAUUCUGGUUCGAGCCCUACUGGAAUAUUCCCAGAGCUCCGAGCACAGCGUCAAGUACGGCCUCUGUUUGGUUGCCGGGAUCUUUGCCAUGGAACUGAUGCGCUCCUGGUCUUUGGCGCUCAUGUGGGCUGUCAACUACCGCACUGCAACUCGCCUCCGCGGAGCGGCUCUCACAUUCGCCUUCAACAGGAUCCUCCGCCUUCGCAGCACCAAAGACAUCAGUCCCGGCGAGCUGAUAAACAUCUGUUCCAGCGAUGGCCAGCGUCUGUAUGAGGCUGUCUCAGUGGGCUGCCUGCUAGCUGGGGGGCCCCUGGUGGGCAUCCUUGGCCUGACCUACACCACUUACUUUCUUGGUCCCACCGCUUUACUGGGAUCAGCCAUUUUCAUCAUCUUCUAUCCUACCAUGAUGCUUGCGUCAAGACUGACAGCGUAUUUCCGCAAGAAGUGUGUGGCGGUGACUGACCAGCGCGUGAGGCUGAUGAACGAGAUCCUGGGCUGCAUAAAGUUCAUCAAGAUGUAUUGUUGGGAAGAUGCCUUUGCGCAGAACAUUCAGAAGGUGAGGUUAGAGGAGAGAGGAAUACUGGAAAGAGCGGGUCUCAUCCAGAGCCUCACAGUGGGCGUGGCGCCAAUCGUCGUGGUGAUAGCCAGUGUUUGCACAUUCACCCUGCACAUGGCCUUAGGUUAUGACCUAACUGCAGCAGAGGUGUUCACUGUAGUUGCUGUUUUCAACUCCAUGACCUUCGCAUUGAAGGUCACGCCCUUGGCUGUCAGGUCCCUGUCAGAAGGUGCUGUGGCAGUGAAGAGAUUCCAAAGGCUGUUCACAAUGGAUGUCCGAGAAGUCGUGUUGAUCAAAAUGCAAGACCCUCGCAAUGCGGUUGAAUUCCAGGACGCCACACUGGCAUGGGAGAAGGCACGAACCCCAGCCACCAAGUCAAACCCACCCCCUAAAAAGCAGGGAGGGGGGAUGAAACGCCUACUCCGCAGGGAAAAGCUGAGCCUUUUCAUCUCCACCGAGGAAAGCAAGGAAAGCAAAGAUGGCCCUAAUGCUCAGAGUCUCCUCACUAACAUGGAGCAAGAGAGUCCACAGAGUACUAUCUCCUCCACGAAAAGCAUCCGGCCUCCACUGCACAAGACGCUACACCGUAUUGACCUCCGUGUUAAGAGGGGUUCACUGGUUGGGAUCUGCGGUGGAGUUGGAAGUGGCAAGAGUUCUCUUCUCACAGCACUACUGGGACAAAUGACCCUUUUAGAAGGCAACGUCGCAGCCAGCGGGGGCUUUGCUUAUGUGUCCCAACAAGCUUGGAUUCUCAAUGAUUCCCUGAAGGAGAAUAUUCUAUUUGGGAAGGAGUUUCAGCAGGAAAAAUAUGAUGCCAUCUUGGAAGCCUGCUGUCUUUUACCAGAUCUCUCGGAGCUGCCUUAUGGAGACAUGACUGAGAUUGGCGAGAGAGGAGCGAACCUGAGCGGAGGCCAGCGUCAGAGAGUCAGCCUGGCUCGGGCGCUCUACAGUGAGCGCCCCAUACUCCUCCUGGAUGACCCUCUCAGUGCUGUCGACGCUUGCGUGGGCUCUCACAUCUUCAAAAAGGCAAUACAGGCGGCUGCGAAAGGCAAGACUGUGCUCUUUGUGACCCACCAGCUGCAGUACCUGCCAGAAUGUGAUGAUAUUAUCCUCAUGAAGGACGGGCAGAUAGCUGAGCACGGCACUCAUGCUCAACUAAUGGCUAAAGAGCGUGAAUAUGCAGCUCUGUUCAGAAGCAUGCAACAGGAGAAUCUGGUGAGAGAGAAUUUAAAAAAUACAGAGCACAAGGUAACUGCUGUACAAGUUUGCCUUGUUGAGGAAAUAGCUAAGAUACAACAAAAGCCACAGAGCAAAAAAGAACAACUGAUGAAAGCAGAAGAAAAAGGGUCCGGCGCCGUUGCCUGUGCUGUAUACGCUGCCUACAUCAGAGCAGCAGGAGGGCCGGUGAUUUUCUUCCUCAACGCUUUCUUCUUUCUCAGCACCACGGGCAGCAUCGCCUUCAACAACUGGUGGCUGAGUCACUGGAUCAAGCAGGGCAGCGGGAAUGCUUCAUUAAUCUCGGUGAAUGAGACAAUGGCGAAGGACAGCAUGAGGCUCAACCCUCACAUUCAGUUCUAUUCAACUGUUUACGUCAUCUCCAUGGGCGCCGCUUUGUUUCUCAAAACCAUACGAGGCCUGGUGUUUGUUAAGUGUACUGUAAAGGCAGCCUCUGUGCUCCACGACAAGCUGUUCCUCCGACUCCUCCGCAGCCCCAUGCGCUUUUUUGACACCACGCCGCUCGGCCGCAUCCUGACCCGUUUCUCCAGGGACAUGGAUGAGGUGGAUGUUCGCUUGACCAUGCAAGCUGAAAUGCUGCUACAGAAUCUCACCCUGGUGCUGUUUUGUCUGGCAAUGGUCGGUAUCGUCUUUCCCUGGUUUCUCAUUUCCAUCCUGCCCCUGGGAGCCUUCCUUUGCCUUGUCAACCGUGUCUCCAGGGUUUUGAUUCGCGAGCUAAAACGACUUGAGAACAUCAGCCAGUCGCCAUUCACCUCCCACAUCACCAGCAGCCUUCAGGGCCUCUCCACCAUCCACGCCUAUGGAAGGAAGCGCGACUUCCUCCAAAGAUAUCAGGAAUUGCUGGACAAUAACCAGGCCUCCAACUACCUCUUUAGUUGCGCUAUGCGUUGGCUGGCCGUGCGCCUCGACCUCAUCAGCAUCUCUCUCAUCACCGCAGUCGCUCUCCUCAUUGUCUUCAUGCACCAGCAGAUACCUCCUGCCUACGCAGGCCUGGCCAUAUCGUACGCAGUGCAGCUUACUGGCUUGUUUCAAUUCACUGUAAGGCUCCUCACAGAGACAGAAGCUCGCUUCACAUCAGUAGAGAGGAUUAAUCACUACAUAAAGUCUCUAGAAAGUGAAGCACCAUGCAAAAUCCAGUCAAAUGCUCCUGCCCUCUCCUGGCCCGAGGAAGGGAAGAUCACCUUUCACAAGGCGGACAUGCGUUACCGCGACGGCCUGCCGUUGGUGCUGAAGGAUCUGUCUUUCACAAUCCAGCCUGAAGAGACCAUCGGCAUUGUGGGUCGCACAGGAUCAGGGAAGUCUUCCCUGGCCCUUGCUCUCUUCAGACUAGUGGAGCUGGCGAGAGGCUCCAUCACCAUUGACGGAGUCAAUAUUGCUCGAAUCGGCCUGGACGACCUGCGGAGCAAACUAGCAAUCAUCCCUCAAGAGCCUGUGCUUUUCAUUGGUACUGUCAGGACCAAUUUAGACCCAUGGGAUCAGUACUCAGACUCACAGAUAUGGGAAGCACUAGAGAAGACACAUAUCAAAGAGAUGGUGAGCCAGCUGCCUCACUCCCUCCUCUCCGAGGUGACAGAGAACGGCGAGAACUUCUCAGUGGGCGAGCGGCAACUCCUUUGUGUGGCCAGAGCGCUGCUGCGCAAUAGCAAGAUCCUCGUACUUGACGAGGCGACGGCAGCCAUCGACACUGAGACAGACAGUCUAAUCCAGGAGACCAUUCGCUGCGAAUUCAGCAGAUGCACGCGCCUCAUCAUCGCCCAUCGUCUCAACACCGUGAUGAACUGCAGCAAGGUCAUGGUCAUGGACAACGGCCAGAUUUUGGAGUUUGACCAUCCCAUCACCUUGCUGUCAAACGAAAACUCCAGAUUCAGAGCCAUGAUCGAGGCGUCACAAAACCAAAGCAAAUAA